AUGGAAGUAUUAUAUAAAAUUAAUGAAAAAAGAUUCUCAUUAAAAACCACUAUCCUAGUCUAGAUAAUGAAAAGGUAAUCCUAUAUGAAAUAGAAAUUUAUAAUGAAGAUAAAUUAUGGAGAAUUGAGAAAAGGUAUCAUUAUGUAAUUGAGUAUUAGAUUUAAGUAGUUUAAACAAUUAAAUUUAAGAUUAAGAGAAUAUUUUGGGAACAAUAUUCCUUAAUUGCCAAAAUAGACCUUUACAACCUUUAUUGUAAAAAAAACUGAAUAGUAAAUUAUUGAAAGAAGAAAAGGAUUAGAAGAUUAUUUUAAAUAGAUAUUAAAAAAUGAGCAAAUUGUAAACUCAAUAAUUUUUAAAGAAUUCAUUUAAUCUCCCUCAUCUACUAUUUCUAAAUUAUAAUUAGAUAGUGUAAAAACGUUUGAAUUAGGUCUAAGAGAUUUCAAUUUUUAUGAAGAUGCAAUAUUCUUACUAUUAGCAGAGAUGAAUCCAUUAAGUAGAGCAUCUAGAAAUUUUCAUAAUUUGAAAUUCCCUUGGUAAGAAGAUAUUACUACUACUAAUUUAAAACCUUUAGGAUAUUUGGAUUGUUUUAUUGGACCAUAAAUGAUUUGGAGAAAGAAAUAUAACUCAUAACCAAUUUGUAUGAGUGUUAUAAAUAAUAAUAUUUUAGUAGGGUAAAAUUUAAUAUUUAACUUUGAGUUUGGAUAAUGGAAUAAUAAAUCAUCUUUAAUUUAAAUCAAAGAAACAUUUACUAGAAUCCAAUGAGUAUUAAUAACAUAAUGCUAGAAUUAUGGGUUUACAAAUUUAUGGAGAUAAUAUCUAUUCUGUAAGUAAAGAUUAGAGAUAUAAAGUAAUGAAUAUAAAAAAAAAAGACAUUUUUAUAGGUAAUAUUUGAUAAACUAUAUUUUAGAUAUUCAUCAUAAAAAUGAAUUAACUUGUUUGAAAUAUAAUGAAGCUAAUGAUUAUUCAAUAAUUGGAGAUAGAGGAGGAAUCAUUUAUGCUUAUAAUUAGGCUAGUUUAAUAUUUAGUUUAGAUACUAAGUUAUAAUUUAUUAGGGAUCUUAUAAUUCAAAAAUCUAAAAAUAAUAUAAUAGCUAUUGGAUUUUAAACAGGCCAAGCUAUUGUACUUAAUAUUUUAGAUAAAGUAUUUAAAUAAUAUUUAAUUUAAAAGGAAAUUUAGAAACAGGAAGCUACUUAAUUCAAAAACAAAAUUAAAAGUCGAUGUAUUGCAUAAUCUCAUUUAAGAGAUGAAGUUUACAUAGGAAAUUAAGAAGGAUUUGUUACAGUUUGGGAUGUUUAAAAGAAAAUUCCCAUUUAUGAAAUUAAACUUCAUAAUGGUCCUAUUACUAAAAUAGUAUGGAAUGAUGAAGAAGAAGUGUUAUACACCUCUAGUAAAGACAAAACUUUAAAAGUUAUUUCUUAUAUUUAAUUUUAGAUUACCUAUUUUAAUAAAAAUAAAAGAGAAACUCUAAUUCAAAUAUAUAGAUAAUCUGGUAUACAUUAAAAUAUAAAUUAAUGA